GGAAAGAAAAGCUGCAGUGUCUCGGCCCUCCUUGCCAUGAGUUUGAAGUAUGACAACAAAAGUGAGUCUCACUGUACAAAUUGGAGCCAAAUAGCCGUUACCCCUAAGGUCAUGUGACUAAGAGGUGUGAAUUGAGAGCAGGUGUGAAAUUUGCUGAUAUCAGUGAAAAUGGCGCAACUGUGAGGAUGUGGAAGAAGUAUUAGUCUACAUAAAGAUAUGGUAGACUACAAGAUGAUUGCCGGGGAGCUGCAGCACGGCAGCCGAGACAUGACGACUUCUUCCACCAAAGAAGCCAUGAGGGGGUCCGAUUCCUGUGGUUUCCUGGGUCCAAACGUUUACCCAGCGGUACCCGAUGGUGGCUGGGGCUGGGCUGUCGCUGUCGCCUUCUUUCUGGUGGAGAUCUGCACUUAUGGGACCCUCAAGAGCCUUGGCGUGUUUCUCCAGGAUUUGAUGGACGAAUUUGGGGAGAGUAACAGCCGGGUGUCAUGGGUCAUCUCCAUCUGUGUCUUUAUCUUCACCUUUACCGCCCCCCUGUCCACCAUGUUAAGCAACCGCUUUGGCCAUCGUCCUGUUGUAAUGAUGGGGGGCUUCCUCAUAAGUCUGGGAACGAUCAGCUCCGCCUUCAGCAACUCCAUCAAGGAGAUGUACAUCACCAUUGGCAUGGUCUCAGGCCUGGGCUACUGCUUCACCUUCCUCCCCACCCUCACAAUUCUAGCACAGUACUUCUCCAGGCGGCGAGCCCUCGUCACCUCCGUCGCGUCCUCUGGAGAAUCUUUCGCAGUGUUUGCGUUUGCUCCAGCCUUCACCAUGCUGAAGGAGCACAUUGGCUGGCGCUACUGUUUCAUCGUUCUUGGGAUUUUUCAGGCAUCUGUCAUUUUCUGCGGCCUCCUCCUUCGUCCAAUCAUCAUCGAGCCCAUAAAGGAAGGCAGUCCGUCUCUGGGAGAGACACUCUCUUUGAAAGAAUUGGAGGCUGUUUAUGAGCUGGAAAACGAACAAACCAGAACCUCCAUCAGUUCAGGAGUAUCCCAAGGCUCAGAGGACUCGGGCGUUACGUCCCUCUCUGCCUCAAAUGUGGACUUGAGGAUUGCAGGUGCUGAAAUCAAGGCAGAAUGGGAGAUGCAAGAUAAAGAGGGCCAGGAGUCGUCAUUGGCCACACCCGUCUCUCCGCUCAAGGAUGAGGACGGGCCCGCACACGCGGCCGAUCCUCCUGGACCCCACGUAGCCAAACUUCUGGACUUCUCCGUCCUGAAAGAUGGUGCAUUCAUCUGCUAUUCCCUGUUUGGCUUGUUCGCCACACUGGGCUUCUUUGCCCCACAGCUCUACAUUAUCCAGCUGAGUAAAAGCCGUGGCGUGGAGCCCAGCAUGGCCUCAUACAUGCUCUCUGUGAUGGCGGUGGCUGAGAUCUUCGGUCGUCUCUCCAUCGGGGUGAUCCUGAACAAAGUCAGCUGCAGAAAGACACUAGUCAUGUUGUGGUGUGUUGUCUUUUUGUGCCUGGUACUGGUGGCUUUCACAGUCGUAUGGGACUUCUGGGGCCUGGUGCUUUGCUCUGCCCUUUAUGGCUACUUCCUGGGCACGGUGUGCUCCACACACAUCCCCAUGCUAGCAGAGGAGGAUGUGGUGGGCAUCCAAAAGAUGGCAUCAUCUGUGGGAGUAUAUGUAUUUAUUCAGAGCAUCGCUGGGCUCGCCGGACCCCCGUUAGGAGGUGUGCUGGUAGACAUGACAGACAACUAUGGCGCCGCCUUCUACUCCUGUGCUGUUGGGAUGGGUCUUGCUGCCAUCUGUCUUGCUCUAGUAGGUCCUGCCAAGUCUGGCAUGUGCCAAAGAUGGAACGGUGGGGUUGUGCUGGAACAGGAGAUCCAGGCCCAGGACAUUGACCAGCCAGAUUUUUUAGAGGUGGACAUGGCAGUGGAGGACAGCCACAUUAGGCAGGCUUUGAAUCACGACAGCACCUGUGUAUUAUGAGCCAAACCUAACACCACCCCAGAAGAUCGUCAGCCACACUGCAAGAGCACCAACACUGCUGCUGCGUUCCUAUCUCAGGUCUUACGCUGACAAGCUUGAAGUUCCUCAUGGAGACCAAAGACAACCAUGAUGAGGACACCUCGGCCCUAUUGUCACACACACCUCCACAUCAGCGUCAUGUCACUAAGCUAGAAUUGAUGGGUAUUCCAGCAGGACAACAGAUCUAUCUCAGGAAAAGGCGUGCGAUCUUCGACAUCACUGCUGGAUGGCAAUGACAAGCUAGCCUUAAAUGUUUGCAAGAGGAAAAAUCAAAACACCUCAUGGCUUGCAGAGGUCUGGAGAUAGCUCCAUGCAUGUGAUGCAACUAGAGAUAGCUCCAUGCAUGUGAUGCAAUGACAAAAUAUCUAGCCUAUCUAUGCACACAGCCAGCCUACUCUGUAUUUACUGUAAAGUUUACCACCAGUCCUCGUUUUGAAUCGUGUCACGUGAUCCUGAAGGCUGUGACACUUGGCAACAUUUUGUACAAGCCUUAAAAAUGUGAUUAUGUUACAUAAACAUGGCUUUUAUUUCCUUAUUCUUUGGUUAGGGAUCAAUAGCACUCCUUUCCACCCAAGACUGUUGAUACACGUGAAGGUUUACACUCAUGGAUCAAUAGCGUUCAGUGGAAAGAGCGCUACUUUCUAUUUGGAAAGAGCUCUACUUUCCACUGAAAUAUUGAUUAUUGACACAUGGUUUACAGUCAUGGGAUGCCAUGUUGUUAAGGAGAGACUGAAGCAAGACUCUAGUAGGUUCCCACCCACCCCAAAAAGUCACUGUUUACCUUUAUUUCAACUAUUUUUAUUCCUUUUUCAUGGCAGUUUUCCAACAUUCCUAAGUGGUGUAUUGAUGUCAUUGUGUUUGCAAUAAAAGUUGCCACAAAUGGAGAA